AUGAAUUGGCUCCUGCCUGUUCGGAGGAGCGUUGUCCGUCCCCAGCACCUAUUCCGAAACCGGGGAACCGCUCUACCUUGCGCACAUGCACUAUCACUAUGCCGUCCCCGCUGCAGUUCCACCUUCUGUCCAAACACUAUUGCUGAGCUGCUAAGGCCAACUCAAUCGGCCAGUUCGUCUCAGCAGAGUGCACAGGACAACGAGGCACUAACGAUAAACGGCUAUGUACGGACGGUGCGCAAGCAAAAACGCAUCGCAUUCGCUGCUAUAGGCGACGGCUCGACUUUGCAAACAGUCCAGGCCGUCCUGCCUCCUCAACUAGCAGAAGGACUCUCCACGGGCACUGCAGUGACAGUCACGGGAAAAUGGACACCCUCACCAGGCCAAGGCCAAUCCCAUGAACUUCAAGUCAACCACGUGCGAAUAUUGGGAGAGAAUGAUGCCACAACCUACCCAAUCCAGAAGAAAUACCAAACGCCCGAAUUUUUGCGCACACUCCCACAUCUCCGAAGUCGACUACCAAUUAACUCGCUUCUCUUGCGGCUGAGAUCGCUAGUCACUGCACAAGUGACCAACUACUUUGCGGAACAUGACUUCAUUCAGUGCCAUCCACCAAUCAUCACCUCCUCCGAUUGCGAGGGCGCAGGAGAGGUGUUCACUGUGGCGCCUGGAGCACCUUCUUCAGCAGACAAAAGCUCUUCGAAUCAGGUCAAAAAGCAAGAAGACAUGUUUUUCGGUUCCCCCAAGUAUCUGACGGUCUCCAGUCAGCUUCACCUAGAGGCUUUAGCUCAGUCAGUAAACAAGGUCUGGGCCUUGUCUCCAACAUUCCGAGCCGAGAAGAGUGAUACAGCCCGUCAUCUUAGCGAGUUCUACAUGCUGGAAGCAGAAUUAGCUUUCACAGAGGAUGUGAAUGUCGUCAUGGAUGUUGUGGAAAAUAUGCUGCGUUCCGUUGCGUUGAAAUUACAAGAGUCGGUUGUAGGUCAAGAACUUCUCGAGGCACGAGCACGAGACCAGGACCAAGAGAGCACAUCCGUGUCGCACACUGUCCUCGCACAACGGUGGCAAGGGCUGGUAGCGGGGCCAUGGCCUCGAACCACCUAUGCGGCCGCAAUACAGCACCUUAAAGACGCAGUGGCUCAGGGCAAGGCGGAUUUUGAGUAUGCACCUGGUCAUGAAGAUGGUCUCCAGACCGAGCACGAACGAUUCUUGGCUGAGAGCUUGGGACGCGGUGGACCCGUAUUCAUCACUGAUUACCCACGUAACAUCAAGCCUUUUUACAUGGCGCCGUCAAAUGACCCGACAGCUGACAACCCGGCCACCUCGACCGUCGCAUGCUUCGAUCUCCUUGUACCUGAGAUCUGUGAACUGGUCGGGGGCUCUAUGCGUGAACAUCGACUAGCAGAACUCUUGCAAUCCAUGGACGAACAUGGUCUUCAACAAGCGCCGGAUAGCACUACCGACGCAUCAGACGGCUCCCUGCAGUGUUAUGAAGCGCUCCCGCCCAACUUCUCCCUCACCGCCAACAUGCUUGCGGGCGCAUUCGCAGGUGUUGCGGAACACUCGGUGAUGUACCCCGUCGACUUGCUCAAGACCCGCAUGCAGAUCGUCAACCCGUCGCCGAGCGCCAUGUACAGCGGUAUCUCGAACGCCAUGGUCACUAUAUCUAGGGCGGAGGGCUUCUGGUCACUGUGGAGGGGACUUUCGAGCGUGGUAAUGGGCGCAGGUCCCGCGCAUGCCGUCUAUUUUGCAUCCUAUGAAGCUACAAAGCACGCCCUCGGCGGCAAUGAGGGAGAGAGCCACGAGCAUCAUCCCCUCGCGGCAGCUGCUAGCGGUGCCGCGGCCACCAUCUCCAGCGAUGCGCUGAUGAAUCCCUUUGACGUCAUAAAACAACGCAUGCAAAUGCACGGUUCCAUCUACAAGUCUGUCCCCCAAUGCGCCCGAGAGGUUCUCCGCACUGAGGGCGUGGGCGCAUUCUACGUCUCAUACCCCACUACACUGUGUAUGACGGUGCCAUUUACCGCACUCCAAUUCAUGGCCUACGAAUCGAUGUCCAAGGUCAUGAACCCGACCGGCCGCUACGACCCCUAUACGCACUGCUUCGCCGGAGGUAUCGCCGGAGGAUUUGCAGCGGGGCUCACAACUCCCCUCGAUGUCAUCAAGACGCUAUUACAAACACGCGGCAAUGCUCGAGACGCAGAAUUGAAGAACGUCUCCGGCCUAAUCCAGGCAGCCAAAAUUAUCCAUCAAAGGGAAGGAUACAGGGGAUACUUCCGUGGUCUGAAACCCCGAAUCAUCACCACCAUGCCAAGCACGGCAAUUUGCUGGUCCGCAUACGAGAUGGCCAAGGCUUUCUUCAUUCGGAGGAGCACCAACUCAUCAACGGCCAUAUAA